AUGGGUGUUUUAGAUGCUCUAGGCUUGGGAGAGGUCUCCCGCAUGAGCAAGCGACAGAUUCUCUACCAAUUUCUCAAUUUUGGUAUGAUCGUCUCCUCAGCUUUGAUGAUCUGGAAAGGCCUGAUGGUGGCUACUGGCAGUGAGUCGCCCAUUGUCGUCGUUCUCAGUGGCUCUAUGGAACCUGCUUUCCACCGUGGUGAUUUGCUGUUUUUGACAAACUACAAGGAAGAUCCCAUUCGCGUCGGCGACAUUGUUGUCUUUAAAAUCAAAGGCCGCGACAUUCCAAUCGUCCAUCGCGUUUUGAAGCUUCACGAAAAGGAUGACGGCUCAGUGAAGAUUCUCACUAAAGGCGACAACAACUCGGUGGAUGACAGAGGCCUUUAUGCUCCUGGACAACUGUGGCUUGAGAAGAAAGACAUCGUUGGCCGAACCAGAGGAUUUGUCCCGUACGUCGGCAUAGUCACUAUACUAAUGAAUGAUUAUCCAAAGUUCAAGUACGCGGUCUUGGGCGUUUUGGCACUCUUUGUGCUUGUUCACCGAGAAUAA